GGUACAUUAUCGGCAUCGCCGAGCUUUGAUUGUCAUAUCCGUCGGCUUCGCAGCUUCGCAACCUUCGUUCGGUUCCACUGGCUCGGCCGCCUCUAUAUAUCCCCGAUUGAGAAGACAGACUACAGAGCAAACUGCGGAUGUGCUGCUGAGCUCUUAGGGGCAGCUCGAGCGGCCAGAUGGCCUCAAAACCAUCCGACUGCCAAAACUACCCCCCCGACGGCUACCACACUCCGCCCUUUCCCUCCCUCUGCUGGCCUCAACAAGACAGCUACUGCGCCUUAUACACGGUUGGCGACUCGUGGCGGUACACGCUUCUCUGGACCCUCAUCCUCUACGCCGUCUUCCACCUCGGCGUCACGGGAAUCAUCCUAUUUAUGCAGAUUGGAAAGCCACGAUCGGUAUGGAAGUACCUGCUAGCCGUCCCCAUCAUAUACGCCGUUGUCGCGGGCGUGGAGGCUCUGUUCACCGGGAGCAUCGUCGGGCUAGUGCUCGGUGCUGUGUAUAUCUCUGGAUGCUACCAGAUGCCGACGUGGAUACCGUUUAUAUGGGGGUGGAUCAAUGUCCUUGUCUUGAUCGUCUCGUCUUUCACGAUUCAGGGCGGCUUAUGAGCUGAGCUGCCGUUGGGCCCCAGUAGCAUCUACCUUUGGAUUGGCCCGGUCUCUCCGGCUAGCAUGGCGAAGUGCGACAACCGAAAACGUGUUACCAGUAGAAUAGACGCUAGAACUAUGGUGCGUGCAAUGACGCGUAGGCCCUCCCUAGGGAUUGGGCCGUCCAACUGAGGUGGCCAAGUUGCCUUUGCCUUGUCAUGGGCGUUUAAGGGGCAACUAGAGGUGCUAUUUGUAUGGUAAACCCACUCUAGCGAGUGUAGGAUUCUCCAUAGCAGCUUGGGCUGUUUCCAUUAUAGAGGCAAUACGUAAAUGAAUAACAUUAAUUGUAAUUACC